CAUGGGAGUGUGGUUGAACCAAUCAACUCUUGAUGGGUUUAUUCUCCUGGGCAUCUUCUCUCAUAGCCAGAUUGAUUCAGUUCUUUUCUCCAUUGUUUUUGGAGUCUUCCUGGUGGCCCUCUGUGGGAACAUUCUCCUUAUCCUUCUCAUCUACACAGACCCUCGACUCCACACACCCAUGUACUUCUUCCUCAGCCAACUCUCCUUCAUGGACCUCAUGUUGGUCUGUGACAUUGUGCCAAAGAUGGCGGUUAACUUCCUGUCUGGCAGGAAAUCCAUCUCCUUUGUGGGCUGUGGGGUACAAAUUGGAGUUUUUGUCUCCCUCGUGGGGUCUGAGGGACUCUUGCUGGGACUCAUGGGUUAUGACCGCUAUGUGGCCAUUAGUCACCCACUACAUUAUCCCGUACGCAUGAGCCCAAAGGUCUGUCUCCAGAUUGCAGGGAGCUCCUGGGCUUUUGGGAUCUUGGAUGGAAUGAUUCAGAUGGUGGCAGCCAUGAGCUUUCCCUACUGUGGCUCGAGGACCGUGGAUCACUUCUUCUGUGAGGUGCCAGCUUUACUGAAACUGGCCUGCGCAGACACAUCCCUUUUCGAUACCCUGCUUUUUGCUUGCUGUGUCUUCAUGCUGCUCCUUCCCUUCUCCAUCAUCGUGGCCUCCUAUGCUCGCAUCCUGGGGGCUGUGCUCCGUAUGAACUCUGCUCAGUCCCGCAAGAAGGCCCUGGCCACCUGCUCCUCCCACCUGAUCACCGUCUCCCUGUUCUACGGGGCAGCCAUGUUUAUCUACUUAAGGCCCAGGCGAUACCGAGCUCCUAGCCAUUACAAGGUGGUCUCUAUCUUCUACACGGCCCUUACUCCUAUGCUCAACCCCCUCAUUUAUAGCUUAAGAAACCGGGAGGUGAUGGGGGCACUGAGGAAGGGGUUGGAUCGCUGCAGGAUUGGCAGCCAGCACUGAACA